UAAAUUAUGAUUGUAUAAACGACACCCCCUGGAAUGUAAGUGGUCGAGUCCCCGUGACGCUAGGAGUUUGAAGACGUUGGCUAGCCUGGCGCUGACAAGGAUAAGAAGAAACCAAUAGAUUAAAUUAUGCCACUUUUUGGAAAUGCCUUCAGUCCCAAAAAGACCCCUCCACGAAGAUCGGCAUCUUUGUCAAGUCUCCAUACGUUGGAACGUUCAGUCAGGGAAAGUGAAUUAGGACUUGAAUAUGGUUCUCCAAGUAUGAAAAUUGGUGACCAGAUCCUAAAGUUUGAAGAUGGCCAGUGGGUUGCAGAAGCAGAUGAAGGCGUAAUACACAAAGAUGCACAGCGCCUAAAGAAGAGAAACCGACAGUUAGAAGAGGAAAACAACUUGUUGAAGUUAAAGAUCGAUAUUCUUCUGGAUAUGCUUUCACAAACAACGGUGGAGUUGCAACUCGCAAGUAGUGGAUUCCCAGAAACCAGGUCCUAUAGCCCAAGAAGGAAAUGAUACUAUGUACCAAUGGGCUUUUCUUAUUUAUUUUCUGCAUAAGGGUACUUAUGAUCAUUCAUUUAUUAGGACAAAAUUGCAAUAAUCUGUAAUUUACAUUCGAUGAAACAUGGCAAAUUUAGGUUUUUUUUCCAUUGUUGCCUUUUUUUGUUAUUUAAUAUCAUGG